AUUGGCAGGUGUUUUUUUGUUUUGUUUUUUUACAGUACUUUUGAAUUAAAGUACAGCGUGGGGUUUCCCUGGUUUAAACAUCUAAGCCGUAUCUAAUGUAAAGCUGACUGACCUGUAAAAGUUUUGAAUUGUGUUAGUUUACCCAGAAAUAUUUUUUGAGAUCUUAGCUUUUAAGUCUGCUAAUGUGCAACAAUAUGUACUAUGCCUGCUGAGGGAAACAACUCAGAGUGGUAGAGCUCUGGCAAAGGUUUUGAUAUGAAGUGCAGUGGUCUGUAAGAGUUCUGCUUCCUCUUUUUUGUGCAUGCAAAAGAGGAGAUGCAGUUGAUGCACUGUGUAACCAACAGAAAUGGACAACGUUAAAAAUGCAGAAAUAUUUACAUAACCUUACUUUGGAGAACAGCAGAAAGACUUAUUUCCUCCUAAACCAUACAGAUGAUAAUUAAAUGUUGCAGAAGCAAAAGUACUUUGAGUUUGGAUUGUUAAAAAUUUCCUUUCAUUAUGCUUUUAAUACCCGCAUUACAGAAAAAUUUUAUUGUUACUUAGCAUUAUGCAGCCUCUACAUAAAAACUUCUUCUUCCUACUUCCUGGUAUAGCAGUCAAGGAACAAGCAUCUUGUGUGAGAUUCUCCAGCUUGAAGAUUACAUAUGUUUGAAAACCUGUUUUGAGGUUGUCAACUGAGUAUGCAGUAGCCAUUUGCUGGCUCUUCACUCAGAGAUAAAUUAAAUCCAUAAAAGGUUGGACUUCUUAUUGAGGCAUACUGACCAGAAAACAUAUAUAUGCUUUUGUGUUUCUCUGAAGAACCAAGAAAAUUCUGAGACACAUAAUGGGAUCUCUUACAAGCAUCUAUGUCUUUGCUUGUGUGUUUUUAUCCAUACUUUGGAAUAAUAUCCAGCCAACUGUGGAAAAUAAAAUCAUUGCAAACUAUUCAGGACAUCUACUAACUAAAGUUCCAAAAAACAUUCCAGUCCAUACUCACGUAUUAGAUUUAUCACAUAAUAAUAUCUCUGAAAUUACUAACUUGAAAUUUAUUUAUCUUCCUGACCUUCAAGUAUUAAACCUUUCUCAUAAUCUAAUUACAGAGCUUGACUUCAGUGUCUUCAUAUUUAAUCAAGAUUUAGAAUACUUAGAUUUAUCUCACAAUAACAUCUGGACAGCUUACUGUCAAAUGCUUGCACGUCUUAGACAUUUAGAUCUUUCUUUCAACAAGUUCACUGUCUUGCCAGUCUGUCAGGAAUUUGGGAUCAUGUUUCAUUUGGAAUACCUCGGAUUAAGUACCAGGAUGAUACGAAGGUCAGACUUCAGAUAUGUGACACAUUUGCAGCUGAACACUGUCUUCCUAACCUUAGAAGACUUUUCUCUGUAUGAGCCUCUAAGUUUGACAGCUUUAAAUACAAAGAACCUUCACAUUGUUUUUGCAGCAGAUCAAAACUUCAAUUUUUCCCUCUUAUAUGACGGAAUGAGCACUUCAGAGAAGUUAAAAAUAUUUAAUUUAAGAUACACCUUGAGCCACAAAGAUUUUCCCUCCCCUUCUUUAGAGCUUCUGAAGAACAUCAAAGCAACAGAUCUAAUGCUUGACACUGUGGACUUAGAAUGGACAGUCAUUCUGCAAAUUUUUCUGCUAGUUUGGGAUUCAACUGUGGAGCACUUAACUGUGAGAAAUCUGAUUUUUCGGGGACCAGUGAUGGAGCUGACUGAAUAUAAAUUUGCGUCCCCUUUAAGACCUCUGGAACAAUUUCUCUCUUUGGGUGGCUCCAUGAAAGCACUUACUUUGGAGCAUGUUCGAAAUAAGGUGUAUUAUUUCAACCAGGAGCAUUUGUACAGAUUGUUUUCAGAGAUGAAUAUUGAUAGUUUGACAAUAUAUGAUGCAUGUAUGCCACACAUGCUUUGCCCCCAAAAAACAAGCUCAUUUCAGUAUAUAAAUUUUUCUCGCAAUGCCCUGACAGAUGAAUUGUUCCAGAAUUGUGACACCCUGGCAAAUUUGAAAUUACUUAUUUUGAAUAGGAAUAAAUUUAAGAGCCUUUCCAAGGUGAGCUUCAUGACCAGCCGUAUGAAAUCACUGAGGUAUCUGGACAUGAGCAGCAACUUGCUGCGUAACAGUGGAGCUGAGAAGCGCUGCCAGUGGACUGAUUCUCUGUCGGAGCUGGACCUGUCCUCCAACCAGCUGACAGAGUCGGUGUUUGAGUGCUUGCCCGUUAAUAUCAACAAACUGGACCUACAAAACAACCAGAUUGCCAGUGUCCCCACGGGGAUUGCUGAGCUGCAGUCCUUGAAGGAGCUGAACCUGUGGACGCAGGCAAAGCGGAGAGCUUGGCACGACUGCCCCGAGGGGCGGGAAACCGUUCUGCAGUUUCACGCCUUCAUUUCGUACAGCGAGCGCGAUUCGUUGUGGGUGAAGAACGAGCUGAUCCCCAAUCUGGAGAAGGGGGAGGGCUGCAUCCAGCUGUGUCAGCACGAGAGGAACUUUAUCCCUGGCAAAAGCAUCGUGGAGAAUAUCAUUAACUGCAUUGAGAAGAGCUACAAGUCCAUCUUUGUGUUGUCCCCCAACUUUGUGCAGAGCGAGUGGUGUCACUACGAGCUGUACUUUGCCCAUCACAAGUUGUUUAGCGAGAACUCCAACAGUUUAGUCCUGAUCUUGCUGGAGCCGAUCCCUCCAUAUGUUAUCCCUGCGAGGUACCACAAGCUGAAGGCUCUCAUGGCCAAGAGAACCUACCUGGAGUGGCCGAAGGAGAGGAGCAAGCGUGCCCUUUUCUGGGCUAACCUGAGGGCAGCUAUUAGCAUUAAGCUGCCAACAUCCUUUGAAACUGAUGAGGAGCAAAGUGAGGUCACAUCUACAAGUAGUAUGACCCAACCUCUUAUUAAGUGACUUGACUAUCUUGCAUUAUUUUUCACUAAUCAGAGUUUUGUAGUUUGUUUUUUUUUAAA